GGUUAUAGGGAUCCGAGUAUCAUUUACAGACAGAUAUCAUUCAUAAGAAUACAUGUUAUGGUAUUACAAAUAAAGACUGUACCAUUCUGGGUAAUUUUCAUAUUUACAAUAAAAGUGAGUAGAAGUAAACUUCAAUAUCACUGAUGAUCACUGAACUGAACGAUGAUGAUGUUAUUACGAUUUCACGGAUCACUGUGUUGUAUGUAAUCAAUUGUGAUGCAGUGAUGCUCUAUCGAACUCACGAACUGUCAUUCAUGCAGCAUGCGUGUAAACAAAAGUCGCCUUAAUUUGUUCACAGAAAUUGAAUCAAUUUAUUUUAUUAAGUACACGCUGCCAAUUAAGCCACUCCUUUCUAAUUUCAGGAGUCUAUAAAAGAAAUGAACACCAGCAAAAAGAUCAACGUGAAUUUUUCGUCUCUGGUGGGUCUAAAAGCAGAACUUUUGAGGAAACAGACUGAAGUAAAUGAAGCUAAGCUGAAGUCAGAAAUCAAUUACACUGUACCAAUAGUUAAGAAAAAGCCAAAAAUAGUUAAGGAAAAGAGUACAGAAAAAAAUAUAGAAAAAACAGAAUAUAUUGAAGAUACAAAUACCCAUAAAAAAUCAAAGCUAAUGUUAGAAGCAAAAGCAAGAUUAUAUGAACGAUUAAAAAAAUCCAAAAACAGUAAUGAUAAUUUCCUUGUUGAUUUUACAAAUAAAUCAGAUGAAUCUGAGGAAGAAUCAUUACUAAAAGAUGACAAAGAUGAUGAUGCAUCAUUGAAAAAUGAAGAUGAUUGGGUGGAAUAUGAAGAUUGCUUUGGUCGUACAAGGAAAUGUUUACGUGAGGACUUACCUCUCAUGCAAGAGAAAGAUAACUUGAUAAAGCAGCAGAUUAUAAACAAGAAAGGUAUUGAUCCAAAGACUAAUGAUAAUAUAGAACAAACUUUUGUUGAAGAAGAGAAAGAGCCUGAAAUAGAAAUUAUGAGACGAAAAUGGGAAGAGCAAACAAAGAAGUUAAUAGACAAGGUAGACAUACACUACCAAGAUGUUUUGUUUGAUGAAGCCAGAGCUCAUGGUGUUGGUUAUUAUGCAUUUUCACAAGAUGAAGAGGAAAGAACUAAACAACAAGAGAACUUGUCCAAUUUAAGAAAGGAAACAGAACGAAAACAGAGAGAGAUUAAAGAACUUAAAGAGUUGCGAGAAAAAAUGGAAAAUAACAGAUUAAAAGCUGCUAGAAUUAGGCAAAGAGUCAGAGCAGGAUUACCAAUAGAACCAGAAGAAGAUAGUAUCAAGGUGAAAGAAGAAAAUGAAUUGAGCCUAAAUGCAUCAGAGAUUAGUAAUAAAGAACAGACAACUGAAGUUACAAACGAGAAUUGUAUUGAAACCGAAAAGAGUGAAGAAGAGAAAACCAUAGAAAAAGAAAAUAAAAUCAGAGCAUUAGGAGAAUUAUUGGGCAAAAGGAAUCAUUGGUAUGAAAUGUCGCAAGAAGAAUGGAUACAUAAAUGUAGAAAAGUUAGGCUUAGUGAAUUUGGACCAGUAUAUGAUAAUUUUAAAAGUAGUGGUUAUCUGAUCCCUGAUAAUAAUGACCACAAAUUUGAUCGUUCUGAAACAAUUAUUCAAACUGAAUUACAAAGCAAAAAUGAUAGGAAUACCAAUACUUAUGAUAUACCACUUCCUUCUACUUUGCUAAAAAGUAAUGCCAAUACUGAAGACAUUACUCUUCCCCAAACAGAUUCUACUACUCAGUAUGACUCUGUUGUUGCAAACAUAACUCUGAAUGAUAUACAGAAGCAAAUGAAAUUUAACAAAAGCAUAGAUGAAGAAAGUAUAGCAGCAGGUCUAAGAUAUUUAAGAGAGAAAUUUGAAGAAAGUCAGAACACUUGA